GCGUCGCGUCAGUUCAUUUGAAAUUCGAAGCGAACGCACACGCCUGCGCCGUGCGUCCGAAAAUACCGCGAAUUAGUUUUACCAUUCCGCGUAAAAAAUUUGUUUAUACAAGUGAAUUUAAGGUGUUUAUAAGUGCAAAUAUAUAUUUAAAAUAGUGUUUUGUGCGUGUAAACUGUUGCCCGGAUACUAAACAUGGCGGGAAUGAACCCACGUCUCGCCUUCGCCAUCCUGUCAUCAGCGUGCUGGUCUGCCUUCCAGCAUGGUUACAACACAGGAGUUUUGAAUGCACCUCAAGCGGUAAUUGCAGAUUGGCUACACAAAGAUGCGUUAUCCGGUACAAACUUGACUCUGCGGGCUACAGACGACCCGAAGGUGAUGACUGCCCUCUCCAUAGCCGUGGCAAUAUACUGCGUGGGGGGAAUGAUCGGAGGAAUCAUCACGGGAAUUGUGGCUGAUAGGCUAGGCAGACAGGGAGGUCUACUCUGGAACAAUCUGCUAGUGUUUGUAGCCGCUGUACUAGAGGGGACGUCUAAAGUCGCAAAUUCCGCUGAAAUGCUUAUAUUGGGCAGAUUACUUAUUGGAAUAAACAGCGGCCUCAAUGCCGGGCUAGCGCCUCUGUACUUGGCUGAAAUAUCGCCUGUGUCACUGAGGGGAUCUAUAGGCACAGUCUACCAGCUGGUGAUAACGAUCACCAUCCUGCUCUCCCAAGUCCUAGGUUUGGAGUCCGUGCUAGGUACUCCCAAGGGGUGGCCAUACCUCCUCGCUUUGACGGCCAUACCGGCAGCUAUUCAGGUGGUCACAUUACCGCUGUGUCCAGAGUCACCCAAGUAUCUGUUGCUCAAUAAGGGGCAGGAAUUGCAUGCUCAGAGGGCUCUAAACUGGUUGCGAGGAGAUGUAGCCGUCCACGGAGAAAUUGAAGAAAUGCACCAGGAAGCAGAGAAGAACAAAAUAAGCCGAAAAGUAACUCUACGCGAACUAUUCGCUAAUCGCCAACUCCGCCAGCCGCUCAUAAUCGCCAUGGUGAUGAUGAUAGCGCAACAGUUCUCGGGGAUUAACGCCGUCAUAUUCUUCUCUACGGAGAUCUUCACGCGGGUGCAGUUGGGACACACGCAGUCGCAGUAUGCUACGCUUGGUAUGGGAGCAAUGAAUGUAGUGAUGACAAUCAUCAGUCUACUGCUAGUGGAGAUAGCGGGCCGCAAGACGUUACUGCUGAUUGGUUUCGGAGGCAUGUUCCUGUGUUCCGUCGGUCUGUGUGUCGCGUAUUUAUAUUCCACGCUCUCCUGGGUAUCGUACGUGUGCAUCGCGUUGGUGAUUCUCUUCGUGGUGAUGUUCGCCGUGGGUCCUGGUUCCAUACCCUGGUUCCUCGUCACUGAACUGUUCAACCAAUCGUCUCGGCCGGCAGCUACAUCAGUGGCGGUGACAGUCAACUGGACAGCCAACUUUAUCAUCGGACUCAGCUUCUUGCAACUCUCUGCAAUACUCGGAGCGAACGUGUUCAUAAUAUUUGCGGUUCUCCAACUAAUAUUCAUAUUCUUCAUAUACUGUCGCGUGCCUGAAACUAAAAACAAAACAGUAGAAGAAAUCACAGCGAUGUUCCGACAACAAAUAUAAUUCUCGAGCAUACCCGAACUGUUUCGAGAUAACUUGAACGUUUUCGAGUGAAGUAGGGAGCGAUAGUUAAAGAUUUGUACAUUAUUUUUUAUUGUAAUGUGAAUUGGUUGUAAGAUGAACGAAUGAGGAUAGUUUAGGGCGUGUUUGACAGUGUCUGUAGGAUUUAUGUAUCAGAUAAAUUGAAAUAUAGACUGUAAUUUGUAUGAACUGCCUCGUUGCCUCGUUGGUCGAGUGGUCGCAAGUGCAACUGCCGAACAAGGGUUCGAUUCCCGGGUCAGGCAAAGUAUCUAUUACUGGGCUUUUUUCGGAGUUUCGUAAAAUUUCUCGGUAGUAGCACGGAGUCUGGAAUUGUGCCCAGUAUAUGGCAAUAGACUCACCCCCUAUUACAUGGGACUUAUAACACAAAUGGUGAAAAGUGGGUGUACAUUGUAUAGCGGCAUUACGUGCCGUAAUGUGCACCUCUGCCUUCGGGAAUAAAAGGCGUGAAGUUGUGUGUGUGUGUGUGUGUUUGUAUGAACUAUUAGCUUCUGCCUGGCUUCGCCCACGUUCCCGUUCGUGGGAUAAAAAGCCUAUAAAUAUUAUACGAACAAAUUUUGAUACUACAUAUUCCUAUUAUAUUUUUGUUACAACGUUUUAUUUUAAAAUCGAAAAUUUUAACAAACUGCCUGAUUGUGAAAAAUGGGUGUAGUCAUAUGAGUAUGACUUCUAUGUACAUCUUAAGGUAAGCGUCCACAGGCCCGCAUCGUACGCAUCGCACGCAACGGAUUUUAGUUUGUCUUGUACAGAAACUCAUACAACUGCGUCCACUGAUCCGCAUCGUACGGACCGCAUCAUCGGCAAUGCCUACAUGCGAUGCGUACUGAUGACGUCAUACGGAAUGCGUGCGAUACGUGCGAUGCGUACGAUGCGGGCCUGUAUUAGUGUGAUGUCACGCACGUAUUAAUGUACUUAUGUAGCUAUUAUGUGUCGAUAGGUUUUAGGUAUACUAUAUUUAAUAAGGAAAUCUAGAAUCUGAAUUAAAUAU